UCAGCUGGCAGUUUAAAGUUUUCAGAUUGUUUUCCACAUGCAAACACACUUACAUUUGAAUUGAUUUUAUUUUUCUUUGUUUCCGAUUUUUAUGUUGUAAUAUUUUGAUCAUGAAUGUGCUGGAUUUCGAGUCGUAUGAGGAGUACUUGGAUCACUUUAUCACCAUUAACGAUGUGCGUUAUCUUCGCAACUUGAAUGUCAGCAGGACUUUCAUAAAGAACGCCUGUGGCAAGAACUGUAUGGGACGCUUGCUGAGUCGCAAUGAGUUCACGGACCAGCGUAAGAAAUUGGACAAUAUUAUGCACCCAAGGGCCAUCAGCGAAGAUACGCUGUUCGGUCAAGGCUACAAUGGCAACGAUCAUGUGCUGCAGCAGUUCGCCAAACGGGAGUUUUCAUUGCUCAGCAAACAGUUGGCGACGAUUAUCUUUCUUUUGAUGCGUUCGAAGAAGGGCCUCGAAGUGUCGGGGUUUAUUGACUUGGAGCAGACUUUUAGAGAGUCACGCUUUAAAAUGUCACAGCACUAUGUCAAUUGGCCCGCCAUAUUCGAGGGCAAAGCCAAGCUAAUGCCACAAACGCAUCACCUGAGUUUCUUUGAUUGGAACAAGAAUCGAAUACUCAUCAAUGACAGUGACAACUUUCAGGUGUUUGCAGAGGGAGCGCACAGUUUGCUGAUGAUGCAUCGCGGUGAUCACAAGAUCCUCUGUGUCAACGCCGGUUGCCAUUGCAGCCACACGAGAAAUGUUACUCGCAGCACAUUCACCUCCAGCAUUUAUGGCCAAUGCAUUUUCUUCGAUCAUGUUGUCAGACGCUUCAAUUAGCCGGGUUUACGCGAUGGCUGUCAUGACAGUCAUGCGGCUUUAAGUUGUCAUAAUUAUAAAGGGGAAUAUAUGACAUGGUGAUUAUUUACUCCAUAUACCCCCAAUUUGAAGGGUAUUGUAAUUUAAUUCCAUUGACUGCGGUCUCUUCUGGGCUGUGUCCUGUACGUUCUUCCUGCCAGGAUGCCAGGAUGCCUGACUGGCCAUUGCCAAAGCGAAUUUGUCGUUGACAGUUUACGUAAAUUGCUUUUCAUAUCUUAUCAGUUUGACUGCGCCGGCCACAGUUAUGCCUGCUGACGUUUUGAUGGACAUUUUGAGGCCUCCCUUAGUUGGGGCAAAGUGAGCAGCUGGCCAGCAUCACAGAGCGGAAAUUGCCUCAGCUUUAUAAUAUUUUACGUUUACUUAACUGCAGCAGAAAUAUCUUGCACUAAACAGCAGCUUGUUAUGUUUGUCCAUUUGGGUUUUGAUAUUCUUACUAUCAAUUAUUUAAUAUAGUUGUUAAUAUGUAGACUUAUGGGACUGAAA